UCACAGCGGGGUCCUGGCCCUUUAAGAGCCAGUCUUUCCAGAAGUGGUUGGAGCAGAGCAGAGCAGAGCAGAGCAGCUUGGAUCCAGAGACUGCAGCACAUCCUCAGCUGCUCUCAGCCCACCUGACAGCACAGCAGAGCGGACAGGCAGCAGCCGCCAGCCUCCCGGUUCACAUCACUACUCACCGCGUCCUGGAGGGGAAUGGGGGGCACCUAGCCCGCUAGCUGACUAACUAGAUUUCUCUAGAAGCGGAGACGGCUCCCGGCCGGCGGUCCAAGAAAGAUGGUAUCGUGGAUGAUUUCGAGGAUAGUUGUCCUUGCCUUUGGGACACUCUACCCAGCAUACUCCUCGUACAAGGCUGUCAAAACGAAGAAUGUGAAGGAAUAUGUGAAGUGGAUGAUGUACUGGAUAGUGUUUGCGUUGUUCACCACAGCAGAGACAGCCACAGACCUGCUCCUAUCAUGGUUUCCAUUUUACUUUGAGCUGAAGAUUGCAUUUGUGAUCUGGCUCUUGUCCCCAUACACCAAGGGCUCAAGUGUCCUCUACCGCAAGUUUGUCCACCCAACGCUGUCCAACAAAGAGAAGGAGAUAGAUGAGUACAUCGCGCAGGCCAAAGACAGGAGUUAUGAGACCAUGAUGAGGUUUGGAAAGAGGGGUCUCAACCUGGCUGCUAAUGCUGCUGUCACUGCAGCCACCAAGGGGCAGGGCGUGUUGUCAGACAAGCUGCGGAGUUUCAGCAUGCAGGACCUGACUCUCAUCAACGCUGAGGAUGAGCUGGCUCUGCACACUUCAGAGUCCCGCAUGAGACGGGACCCCAUGGACGAGAUGAGCUCAGGGGCCAGCACGCUGCCCCGGGCCAAGAGCACGGCUGCACGGCUGACUCGCUCUUUGGCGGCCACGUCUCUCGCUGACGACACGUCAUCUCAGCACAGCUCGGACCUGUCAGACACAAGGACUGAACACUCUGAUGAAGAUGUAGGAGACAAAGCCCCCAAGCGCAGCACCAGCGUCAAGACAACCAAGAAACCUGCUGCUGCUAAGACAGAGACUCAGACCAAGACAGUGAAGAAGCCCGCCAAGAAAAAGACCACGGCUAACAACGCAGAGACGCCACCAUGAGGCCUGCUGUCCACACCCACUGGUCUACACUCGCUCCACCCGCAGCCUGCAGGCCCUUCUUCCUCCGUUUGGUCUCCACACAAACACAUAUACACUGUACAUAAAUAUCAAGUACUGAAAUUGUGUCACUCUUGCUGGUUUUUAGAGCAAAGUGCAGGCUUUGGUUUUUAGCUGUGUGUGAGCACCCUUAGGUUGGGAACAGUUCUUUUACGUUUACUCGGUUGUUGCAUAUUUUGUCUCACGCUUCACUUACUGUGAGCUCAUCCCUGAUUUAACAAUCAGGGGAUGUUUCUUUCGAGAUUUUUUUUUUUUUUAGUCUGAUAAUGGUUAGUGACACAUCCAUGAAUGCUCCUUUUUCCUUUAACCCUUAGACAUAUAGGUCUGUAUAGUAGGUGAGGACGUAAGCUGGCCAGUUUUCUAGUCUCACUGAUUCACCUCCUGUUGCUGACAUUCUCAGUUGAGGCUGUUUUUGGUUGAAGUAUGUCCAGUAAAAUAUCACAUUCCUCACUCCUAGUUCUCUAGAUUUGGGUCCCUUAUGUUUCCUCUGGGCAAAAAAAUCUCACCCUCUCGGACUCAUCUGGGCCUGACCACGAUGGUAGAAAUCUUUGUGUGUUGUCUCCGGAGCACGGAGAGCUGGCUUUAAGUUGUGACUGAGGUUUUUUCCUUUUUACCGAGGAGUGAGAGGGUUGUUGAAACUUUAAGCACUGACCGAUAGAUGUAGACAUUUUCAUUACAGUUUCAGACCGGAUAGUUCCCACUUUUGACUGCAACUCAUACUACCACCACCAUGUCCUAGCUCAUGCACCUCCCUAGUUUUACAGGAUGAUCUGUGAUCAAACCCGUCUUGGUUCUUUACUUUGAUUUAAAUCUCUUUGACUGCAUCUGAGGCCUCACAGCCUGUGGAAGAGUUUAACUUCCCCUCUUUAAGUCUGUAUACCUCUGAGUGAGUCUAGCUCUGCAAAGUUCAGGUCUCACUUACAGCAACUUUCCUCCUCACUGCUUUAAUGUGACUUUCACUUCAUGUACAGUACUGGUGAUGGAGUGGUUUGUUUGAUGCUGGCUAAGUUAUCUGUCAUCUAGACUUCACCCUCUUAUUUAAUGCGGUUUAGUCCCGUUCUUUUGGUCAUGUAAUAUUAGUAAUAAGUAUGAUCAGUUGUGCAUAGCUUGGCUUCUUGAGGUAAUGCUGUAACUCCCAAUAAAUACAGUAGUCAUAGAGUCAAAGAGUUGCAGAUGUUUGUGAGGUAACAUAUCUGCUUUCACCACAGUAGUGAUGUCUGUGUAUUGUUUGUGUUGAACAUUAGAAAGUCAUGGAGUAGCUCUGCACUUUUUCACUCCUUUAACCCAGCUGUGUGGUGGCACUCUGCCUCUUUGUAGUGUUCAUACAUUUCAGAAGCCAGGAUAAAGCAAAGCAAUAUGGAAAUAAUUAAACCAAAACCAACAUCAGGAGACUGUGAGGAGUUAUUUACUCAUCCCCGCACUGUUGUUCCAGACGUGGAGGAAGUGUCAGACCAGGCUCAGAGUGUUUCUAAACACACUGGACUUUUGUUCUGGGAUGGGCUCUUCUGUUUGCCAGCCACCGCAUCGGCCGUGGUUCCUUCGGAGCGCUCUAAUGAGAGAUUUAAAAGCAUGAGACUACUUCCGCACUCAUUACUGCUGUCUGCAGUGUGACACUAGUUUGAACCAGUAGGGGGAGACAAACCCCUCCUCAAGUGAUGGCAGAGUGACUAAACAAUAUGUAAACGCAAUGUAAAUAGUAACCUUGACUGUAUAUACAGUAUGAGCUUGCUUGCCUUAUUCAUCCUCUGGGCUUAAAUCCAUUUGAUUUUUUUUAAAUCAUUUGUGUGCUUUUUAAAACUCUUAGUCUUGACAAAACUCAUGUUCUGAAACUGGAAGAAGCUUGGACUUCACUGGUGUGGACUUGUGGUGUGAGAAGAAGUGAUUUUUGCAUUUUUAACAUUUUUACUUUUUUCCCAUUGUCUUUUCUUAUUAAUUUUAACUCCUCUCCAUCACAAAGUACAGAAUCUCCAGACUGAGUCUAAACUGAUAUUUGUACAUUCACACCCUGCUAUGUACUUAACUCAGACUGGUUAUAUAGUAUUUUAGGGCCAAAAGUUUGAAUCAGCCAGUUGUUUUUUUUUAUUUUCUUUCUUCUUAAUUUAAUGUUUGCACUGAAUAAAAAGAGGGCACAUAAUGAAAGAUGUUUUUACAUAUCAAGAUACAACCCUGCAUAUUUAUCUUGAGUUCAUGCCAUUUUUGGAUAUUUAUUGUCUGUUAUUCUCUCUGUUUUGAAUCAGU